AUGGCGUCCCAGGUUAACGCCUUAUUACUGCCGGUCAUAGAGUCUACGCCGCUUCAUCAAAUAACCAAGGUAGCAUUGACGACCACACUCACAAGUAAACAAAGCGAUUACAAGUUCAAAGAAAUAGCCGUGCCGUUAACAAAAUCACUACAACUGUACGAGAAGGCGCAAAGAAGACAAGAUUUAAGGGCAAGCUUAAAAGCACUGGAGAGUAUCAUUUACCAAACGCACUUCCAAUGGAAUAACCCGCUCCCACGACAUGCGCAUCUCUUCCAAAAACACUACCACUUUCUACUGACUCACUGGCCAUUUGAGAACCACAGAGACUUGGUAGAUUCCAUCGCUGUAAACAAUGGGAAACUAAAUUCAACGUCUUCAAGGAGCGUCUGGCUGAAGGCGGAUUGGAUAACACUGUUUAACGUUAAAAACCCUUGGGUCCAAACGCCGCCAUCGUUAAUGCGUCUGAGUGGGACAGAUCUUGAUACCUUCACACCAGAGAGGAUAUUCCUGAUAAAUUCUCUUGGAAACCACUACAAAUUUUUAAUAGCGAACAGUCAUCUAAGCUACAAUCACAAAAAAUACCCCUCCCCUGGCGUGCAAAUUCCUGUCAGGAACGCUCUUGGCGAAGUUUCUCCGGCCAAACAAAUUGCCCAACUUUUCGCAAGACAGCUGUCUCAUAUUUACAAGAGCCUCUUCAUAGAAAACCCCCCGCUCUCUCCUGAGAACGAGCUGGCAUUGACUGCCGUCUUCUAUGACGAGACUGUAGAGCGACGCCUUAGAAGGCUCUAUAUGCGAGCUUGUGCAAGGGCAUAUACGACUACUAAUGCCGACUCCACCACGGAGCCUUUGAUGUUUCAUUGCACCCGGUGGGAAGUUGAUUAG